CUUCGGGGUGGGCAUCCUGGGUAGGGCGGGUGGCCGAGGUGUGGAGGCAGGUGAGAAUGCGCCUCUCCAAAACUCUCGUCGACAUGGACAUGGCUGACUACAGUGCCGCGCUGGACCCGGCCUACACCACCCUGGAAUUUGAGAAUGUGCAGGUGUUGACCAUGGGCAACGACACAUCCCCGUCAGAAGGCACCAACCUCGCUGCGCCCAACAGCCUGGGUGUCAGUGCCCUGUGUGCCAUCUGUGGGGACCGGGCCACAGGCAAACAUUACGGUGCCUCGAGCUGUGACGGCUGCAAAGGCUUCUUCCGGAGGAGUGUGAGGAAGAACCACAUGUACUCCUGCAGAUUUAGCCGACAGUGCGUGGUGGACAAAGACAAGAGGAACCAGUGUCGCUACUGCAGGCUCAAGAAGUGCUUCCGGGCGGGCAUGAAGAAGGAAGCUGUCCAGAAUGAGCGGGACCGGAUCAGCACUCGGAGGUCCAGCUACGAGGACAGCAGCCUGCCCUCCAUCAACGCGCUCCUUCAGGCCGAGGUCCUGUCCCAGCAGAUCACCUCCCCCGUCUCCGGGAUCAAUGGCGACAUCCGAGCGAAAAAGAUCGCCAACAUUGCCGACGUCUGCGAGUCCAUGAAGGAGCAGCUUCUGGUGCUGGUCGAGUGGGCCAAGUACAUCCCAGCUUUCUGCGAGCUCCUCCUGGAUGACCAGGUGGCCCUGCUCAGAGCCCAUGCCGGGGAGCACCUGCUGCUCGGAGCCACCAAGAGAUCCAUGGUGUUCAAGGACGUGCUGCUCCUAGGCAAUGACUACAUUGUCCCUCGGCACUGCCCGGAACUGGCGGAGAUGAGCCGGGUAUCCAUUCGCAUCCUGGAUGAACUGGUGCUGCCCUUCCAGGAACUUCAGAUCGAUGACAACGAGUACGCCUGCCUCAAAGCCAUCAUCUUCUUCGACCCAGAUGCCAAGGGGCUGAGCGACCCCGGCAAGAUCAAGCGGCUGCGUUCCCAGGUGCAGGUGAGCCUGGAGGACUACAUCAACGACCGCCAGUACGACUCACGCGGCCGCUUCGGGGAGCUGCUGCUGCUGCUGCCCACGCUGCAGAGCAUCACCUGGCAGAUGAUCGAGCAGAUCCAGUUCAUCAAGCUCUUCGGCGUGGCCAAGAUUGACAACCUGCUGCAGGAGAUGCUGCUGGGAGGGUCCUCCAGUGAUGCACCCCAUGCCCACCACCCCCUGCACCCUCACCUGAUGCAGGAGCACAUGGGCACCAACGUCAUUGUUGCCAACACUAUGCCCACUCACCUCAGCAACGGACAGAUGUGUGAGUGGCCCCGACCCAGGGGACAGGCAGCCACACCUGAGACUCCACAGCCCUCACCGCCAGGUGGCUCAGGGUCCGAGCCCUACAAGCUCCUGCCAGGAGCCAUCACCACGAUCGUCAAGCCCCCCUCUGCCAUCCCCCAGCCCACCAUCACCAAGCAAGAAGUCAUCUAGCAAGCUGCUGGAGUCAGGGCUUCUGCUGGCUUGCCUCAGCCCCCUCAGAGAGCUCCUGGCGACCACUUGAUCUCGGCAAAGGAAGGCGUGACAACAGGACCAGUCCCAGAGCAGCAAUGGAAAAAGUGAAGGGGCAAGAAUGUGGGCUGAGGGCUCAUCGCCAUCUUGAUCCCAUGCUCUGGUUGGCAGAGCUUUGACCCAGAGAGACCCCAGUUGGGAGUCCUCUGCUGACUUGGAUGACAUUUCUCAUGCUGAAGCCGCUGCCUUCUCCUUCAUUCAUAUCUGUCCCCGACUUUCUCACCUCCAAAGAAUACCGUCUGGAGAUGAGAGGGACCUUGCUCAAACACUGCUCCCUUCUCUCCAGCUGGGACUUCUCUCCUGGGCUUGGUCAGGUCAUGGUGCUCAGGCAUGGAGCCCUGUGAGUCCUCCUCCCUCUUCUGCUGCCUCCAAAUCAAAUGCCCCUCUCUACCUUGCUGUCCUUGGUCAUCCCAUCUUCUCCAAAGCCACUCUCCAGAGCUAGAGGAAGACUUGAAACCCUUCCCCCGGUCAUUCUAGGAACAUGCUGGAAGCAUUGCCUGGGGCUAGGCCCAGGGCAGGAGACAAUGGAGGAGGAAGGUGCCAAUCUCCUUCCUCCAACCCCACUGAACUUCCCUUCUCCGGGGACUGGCAUGGGUGUUUGGAGCGAUGGUUCCUAUAGGCUUUCAAUAACGAGAGGACAAUCCAAGAUAGCAUCUGCAACAGGAACUUGUGGGGAGGGGGCGAGCAGCCAGAGAAGGCACCCAGGAAGAGGCAGAUGGACUUUGUGGAAGGACAGGAAUCUGGCUGGUAGAGCAGGAGAGAGGAUGUUCCAAAAGAGAACAGCCUAAACAGAGGCCCGGAGGCAGGGAGGUCGGUGUGGGAGAAAGGCACCGAGGUGACUGGGUUCUCUGGAGCCAAGAGGAUGCAUUGGGGAGCAUGGGACCUUGAAUGCUCAACUGAGGCAGGGAGUAGCCUGGAGGGACAGGAGCGCUGGGCUGUCAGUAGAUGAACACAGCCUCCUACAGGGUCAGAAGGUUGGGAGGGAGCAAGGAGGUUAGACAGGAGUCCACCACGUAAUGCAGCUGAGUGCUAACGCCUGCAGAUGGAGAAGGGCCAGGAGAUUCCUCAGGUCAGGGUCUGUUGAGGAGCAAGUCCCGCAGGGCCUGUCUCAAGCUCUCCUUAUUCUUGGGCAGGUCUUAAGGCACAGGACAUCCAUCCUCUGAUGGAAUCUUCCCUAUGACCUAGAGAUUACUACAGAAGACAAAAUUGAGUUCUGAGAAGUUAAGGGAAUUUUUUCCCCCUGAAACUCACACAACUAGUCAGUGGCUAGAUCAAGACCCAGCUCCCCCUGGAUCAGAUUAGGAAAACUUAAUCAACUGAAGGAACCCCCUGCCUUCUCUAUGACCAAACUGAGAGAACCCCAAGGCUCAUUCUUUCUAGAAGCUUUUCCCACUCCCAGGACUAAGGUUGAAUGGAGACUGAAUUGGAGUUCACUGAGGGUCCAGAAUCCUGUUUGCUGAUACAUAUUAAGGAGAAUUCAUGACUCUUGACAUCUUUCUCUCUUUACUCCCCAAGUCUUGGGGAGGGGCAGUAGGAGUCUGGUUUCUGGGAGACAGAUCAAUCUGGUCUGUCAGUCUAGGGGCGAACAGUUUGGGUGAGGAGGAAGGGAGGGAUAAGAAAGUCUGGGUUUCAGGCUUUCUCUGCAGAGCAUCAUUCGAGAUACAUUGUAGAAAGCUUAAACCCCAGGAUGGAGCAACCAGCAACUGCAGAAUCUUGAUGGCUUUGGGAAGAUUCUGGAAAGGGCCACUGACUGGUAGGAAUAAAAGGGAUGUGUCCUGGGGCUGGAAGUGUGAUUAGAUAGGAGAGUGAACUGUUAAGAUGGGAACCCAUCCUCCACCCGAGACCAACUAUUCUGAAUGGAUGGGGACAAUAUACUGCCAUGUCCAGAAAUUCCACCAUAUGUGAUUGUUCCUGUUUGCAAGAGAAGCAUGAAGAAGGAUUGGAGUUUUAUGCUUAAGAGGAAUCUCUACACCUCUGGGGCUAUCAGGAUUGGAUUCCCCCACCCGAAGCCAAGUCCCAGGUCCAGAAGAGACCAUUUCCUGUGCAGAGCUCUCAAGUCUUCCUCAGUCACCCUCACUCCAGUGCCCCAGAGAUCCCAGACAGAUGGCCUCAACUGGUCUGCACAGGGCAGUGAAGCUGGGAUCAUUCUGGUCAUUGUGGUUAUUCCCACUCUGCUUCUCCACCCCGCCAUGUUGCUUAGCCUUCUGUCUUGGGAUAAGAAUUUCCCAUAGGAUGGAGCAGGGUAAUGGUAGUCUUUAAUGGUAACAAUUUGGGGCAUGGAGGAUUCAUCCUUUUUGAAGAAGAAAUCCAUUCCACGUUAAUAACUUUAUCGCAAUGCAGGAAACACAAAAUAAAGACAAGUUUCCUUUCCUAAUUCUAAGAUGAGAACAGUAUAUUGGAAUUUGUUUUUCUGAGUUGUGGUCCUAAAACAUAAAGUCUGAUGGACUGAAGAAGGGUUCAUUGUGGGGGCAAAUGUGGGCACUAUAAAUUCUCCUCCAAGACACCUGUUUCCUUCAGAAGGUUCUCAGGAGCUCCAGAAUCCACACAGCUUUCCUGAGAGUGGACCCAGGAGAGGAGAGGGUUGAAAUGGAUGCUUCCCAAUUUCUUGCAAUGACUAAGCCAGUUCUUUGCUUGAUCUGCCCCAGUUAAGAUGAAUUGUGAAAUUCACAUCAAGCGAUUCUGGAAGUGGCCUGGGUCCCAUUAGACCAAUCUGCAUCUUCCUGUGGAUGUCCUUAGGUCCCACACUGAUCCCCAAGUCCCUGUCACUGCCACCUAAUGGGGCAAAGAAGCAAAAAACAUUUCUUACUCUUACAUGUUUUAACAAAAGUUUAUAAAACAAAAUAAAUGGCACAUAUGUUUUCUAA